AUGGCAUCGCAGGGUUUCUGGUCUCUCGGCGGGGAUAAUACGGGGGCCAACCCCGGGAGCCAGAGCCCCAACACCCCCAGGGCUUGGUGCCAAGCGGCGGCCCAGAAAUUAUCUGGAGGAAUUGGAUCGAAAUUAUGUGCGCUGCUGAGUGUCGGGGAGGAGAAACCCGCCGAGCCGGCCGCCAAGCAGCCGCCGGAGACCGAGGCUGCCAGCACCUGCGGCUGCAACAAAUCCUGCAACUGCACCAAAGCUUCUGUGGGCUUCUCCGACCUCUAUUCAACAGACCUGUUACCUGCUCUGGACAGCGACGCCAAAACGAUGACCUUCCUGCAGGAAGUGGUGGAUAUUUUAAUGGCCUACAUCGUGGAGUCUUUCGAUCGGGAAACGAAAGUGAUCGAUUUUCAUUAUCCGAACGAGCUGCUCCAGAUGAACAACUGGGAGCUGCAGGGAGAGCCCGCCUCCCUGGAUGAGAUCUUGAUCAGCUGCCGUGCUACUCUCAAAUACGCCAUCAAAACAGCCCAUCCCAGGUACUUCAAUCAGCUCUCCACAGGAUUAGACAUGGUCGGACUGGCAGCCGAUUGGCUGACGUCCACCGCCAACACCAACAUGUUCACCUAUGAGGUGGCUCCUGUCUUUGUGCUGCUGGAGUACGUCACUCUGAAGAAGAUGAGGGAGAUCAUUGGCUGGACGGAUGGACGAGGAGACGGCAUUUUCUCUCCUGGUGGUGCUAUUUCUAAUAUGUACGCCAUGCUGCUGGCCCGCUUCAAGAUGUUCCCCGAAGUGAAGGAGAAAGGAAUGUCAUCUGUUCCCAGACUGGUGGCCUUCACAUCCGAACAUAGCCAUUUCUCAAUCAAAAAAGGAGCAGCAGCUCUUGGCAUUGGGACGGAGAGUGUGAUCUGCAUCAAAGCAGAUGAAAGUGGUAAAAUGGUCCCAGCUGACCUUGAGAGGAGAAUACUGGAGGCCAAACAGAAGGGCUUCGUUCCCUUCUUUGUGAGCGCAACCGCUGGAACGACAGUCUACGGAGCCUUUGAUCCUCUCAUCGCCAUCUCUGACAUCUGCAAAAAGUACAACGUCUGGAUGCACGUGGACGGUGCGUGGGGAGGAAGUCUCCUCAUGUCACGGAGACACAGGUGGAAGCUGGAUGGAGUUGAGAGGGCCAAUUCAGUAACAUGGAACCCACACAAGAUGAUGUCCGUCCCUCUGCAGUGUUCAGCCCUGCUGGUCAGAGAGGAGGGUCUGAUGCAGAACUGCAACCAGAUGCACGCCUGCUACCUGUUCCAGCAGGACAAACACUACGACCUCUCCUACGACACCGGGGACAAAGCGCUGCAGUGCGGACGCCACGUGGACAUCUUCAAGCUGUGGCUCAUGUGGAGAGCUAAGGGCACCAUCGGGUUUGAGGCUCAGAUCGACAAGUGUCUGGAGCUGUCGGAGUACCUCUACAACAAGAUCAAAGACAGAGAAGGAUACGAGAUGGUCUUCAAUGGGAAACCUCAGCACACCAACGUCUGCUUCUGGUACCUCCCUCCUGGGAUCCGCUACAUGGAGGACAAAGAGGAGAGAAAGAAACACUUGCACAAGGUGGCUCCAGUGAUAAAGGCCAGGAUGAUGGAGUACGGUACAACCAUGGUCAGCUACCAACCGCAAGGAGACAAGGUCAACUUUUUCCGCAUGGUGAUCUCAAAUCCAGCGGCGACCUUCGAGGACAUCGACUUUCUUAUCGAGGAGAUUGAGCGACUCGGCCAGGAUCUAUAA